AUCGGAUCUAAUCAGUUAGAUCACUGGUUAUUUAGCUGCUAUGGUGUGUCAGUUAAGCAACAGAAGCCAAAACUUCCCGCUGAUCUAAUCAGAGCUACCACUUCAGUGAAUAACGUGAGUUUAUAUGCGUGAUCAUGCAGGGUAUUGAAACUGUGUACACCCAUGGGACCGUGCCACGUUGCGGGGAACGAGUUCUGGUUCUAAAGGAUUUAUUUUACGGGUCAACAGGAAAGGUGAAUGCUCCAACCACAAAAGAUAAACUGAAUAGACAGGAUGACCAACGCACCGAUACAUGUAAAUUCGACACGGACAAACAUAAACUGGACCUGUACAUUCCGUCGAAGCGCAUGUCCGACGGAAGUUCGCCGCGGAAAGCUCCGAAAACUCCAAAUACACCUGUGGUUGUGUUCGUCCAUGGAGGAGGCUGGAGAAGGGGGGACCGGUCUGCCUGGAAACAUUACGUCUCUAUCCUGGACACGAAUUUCCUGGUUGCAUUUAUUUUGAAAAUAUUCCGGCUGUACGGAAAUAUUGGAGAAGCGCUGGCAGAAAAGGGCGUGGCCUGUGCUGUGAUAUCUUAUCCACUCAGCAAACUAGAAAUGCCAUGGAUGCUGUUCGAAAUGUUGACGUCAUAUCUAAUGUCGUCUACAUUUCUGUUGACAAUAGGCGCAGUUUUGACUUCAAUCGCCUACCUUUUAUCAUGGAUUCUUGGAUGUUCGCUACAGACUGCUUUUAGAAUUAACAGUAUUUUUGACGUCGUUCCAAUUCUGUUCCUAUCGUUAGCUAUAAUUAACGUGUUUUACGUAGUUACAAUGACCGUUUCUAAGAGCAGAUACAAACUGACCUUCGCUAAUUUGUUGCUGUUGUGGAUAAUGACUAUUGUAACCAUUCUGGUCUACCGUAGAUGGGAUUCGAAAGGAACUGACAUGUUAAAGAUGAAAUAUUUGGUCAAUUUUGUAACAUUUGUGGCGACUUUGAUUUGGACACAAGGAAUGUUAUUGUAUAAAAGACUCCAAGUUAAGACGUCUUCUUACCAGGAACAAUUAGAAGCUGUUUAUGACUCGGUUAGCUUUGUGACAAAAUUUGGCGCAGAAAGUGGACUGUUUAACAGUGAAGAACUUUACCUCAUGGGACAUUCGGCAGGCGGUCACUUAGUAACAUUACUAGCUCUUCAGAUAGCAGACGACUGCAGCGACCUGAACUCUGACCUCAAUAUAAAGGGCGUGAUUGCCAUUUCGGGAGUGUUUGACUUGCCAAAACUGAACAAAAAGAUCCUGAAACCGCUAUAUUUACACCCAACAUUUGGAGAGAAGCGCAGUGAUUGGCUGAAGGCGUCGCCAUCUCACGUGAUGUCGUCAGCCUGUGGUGACGAAGACUUGGAUGACGUCACACUGAGCACCUGGAGGAAAACUCCGCCAUUUUUGCUCAUCACUGCUGAAAAAGAUCUCCAUUUACAAAAGGAUGCCGAGCUGCUUUGCCAGAAAAUCCAGAAACUUGGUGGAGACUGUUCGCUACAGACUAUUUGCCCAAGCAAUCAUUUUACUAUUGUAUGGGAUUUCAAAGCGGAUUCUUCAAACGAGAACACAAAGUUGACUGAAGUCUGCGUCAAAUUCAUUCUUCGUCACGCAAAAUGUUAAUUUAUGAACGUAGACGUGUAUUGGAAUUCAUCAACAAGCUAUCCUGUUAUAACUGAACAAUACCAUGCAGGUUAAAAUCUAGGCUACAUGGACUAAACACACA